AAGUCCUUCUCCCCGCAUACGUCAUAACGGCAAAUUGCCAAACGGGACAAACUUGAGCUCAUGUCGGACGUCUGUCGCGCACCUCACACGUCAAGAUGACACCGGGAACGUCAACGUUACUUCACGCCAUCAUCCUUACCUGUUGCGUCGCGUCAGGAUUUGGUCAGGAGCCAGUUGCAGUUCGUGCGGCGGACGGUGGCGCCGCUUCUCUCCUGUGCGACCACGAUGCACGUCCCGGGGAGGUCAGGGCCUUCAAGUGGACAAAGGGGCGGGAAAUCAUCUACUUCAUGGCCCUGGACGGGAUAGUGACGCCCCCGGGACCGGAUUACGCCGACCGAGUCACCAUAGUGGACCAGAUAAAUCUGAGAAUAGAGGGUCUAACGUUAGAGGACAUUGGGCAGUACACGUGUACUGUGACGGUGGGCAACUCAGAGGGGCUGGCGAUAGUGGAUCUCGAUAUCUUAGUCCUCCCGAGUAGACCGGUUCUAACCGCUUACCUGGACGGUGUGCUGGUGAACCUGGGAACGACGUCCCUCCCCCUAGACGCGGAACUGAUGCUGGAGUGCACGUCCAGCGGCGGGAAACCCCCCGCAGAGCUGGGAUGGUACAUCGACGACGUGGCGGUGGACAGCAGUUUGUACACCUACAACAGCACUGCAGAUCCAGACACGAAUAUAGGUGACGCUGUGUCCAGACUAACACACCUGGUGUCCCUGAGCGAUCACCUGGCGAAGUACGAGUGCGAGUCGUCAGGACCGAUCCCGCCCCUGGAGGCACAGAGGAGCGUGGGCGUGCUCAUCAGGCUCAGCAUUUACGACACCACCCUCCCCCCGAAGAUUACACCCAGGCCAACUACGGAAGAAGACAUAGCAAUCGUCGCCCCACAAGAGGCUGAAACGGCGCUGGGAGUCCCAAGCAUCAUCGGAAUUAUCGUGGGAAUCAUCGCUGCAGUAGCGCUCCUAGCGGCCAUCAUUGUUAUCUUGCUACAGAACAGAAAACGACAAAACAAGAAUCACACUUAUGUCGUCAACCCUGACAGUAAGUGUAGUACUAAGAAAUAUCGCUAG